UUUUAAUCCGACAAGUAGACCCUGGUGUGCGGCGGGCUAGCAUAAAAUGCAUCUCGUGCCGUCCAGUCCGCAUGCCCUCAUAGUACGCCGAGGAUAAACAACCAUUAUUACAACCCCGUCUCCUUUCUCGACAAGCACACCAGAAUGGCCGGGUCACACAAUGAUAGAGCACCGCCUGUGCACUACAGUGCCGAGUUCCAGGGUCUGGCUCUCGCCGAUGUCAUUCCUCAAGACCGCCAGCCGUGGUAUCGCGACUGGACCCUGUGGAAGCUCAAUGCACUCCUUCUCAGCUGUCUCCUGACGCAAACUGCGACGGGCUUCGACGCGAGUAUGAUCAACGGCAUGCAGUCUCUGCCGCAGUGGCAGAAGUUCUUUGGAAAUCCAAUGGGCACGGAGCUCGGUGCAAUGACGUUUGGGCCCAAUGGAGGCGUCCUCAUCUCAAUUCUCAUCUCGGCCCAGCUAUGUGACUGGUUCGGACGCCGCGUGCCAAUAUUCAUCGGAUCCAUCAUCAUUGUCUUGGGCUCUGCCAUCCAAGCUGCCUCCACCAACUAUGCAAUGUUCGUCGCCUCGCGCUUUGUUAUCGGUUUUGGUCUAGGGAUCGUCUCUACCGCUGCUCCUCCUCUGUUAUCGGAAGUUGCAUAUCCAACCCACCGCGGCCAAAUUGUGUCCUUCUUUCUAGUCUCGUGGCCUCUUGGCGCACUGAUGGCGGCUUGGAUCACAUACGGCACGUUCAGCAUGCAGAAUUCGUGGGCCUGGCGCCUUCCCAGCCUGCUGCAAUGUACAUUCUCAAUCGUCCAGGCUGUGCUCUGCAUGUUCGUUCCAGAGUCACCAAGAUGGCUCAUCUACAAAGGCCGCUAUGAAAAGGCGUUCGAUAUCUUGGUCAAGUGGCAUGGCUACGGGGACAAUCAGUCGCAGCUGGCUCGCUUUGAAAUGGAAGAGAUCACAGCUACACUUGAGAUGGAAAAGCUCCAGAACAAGUCUCGAUGGGCCGAGUGGAUAUCCAGCAAGGGAAACAUGCACCGUCUUUUCAUCGCCUUAUAUAUUCCAGUCAUGCUACAGUGGUCUGGAAACGCCCUUACAUCCUAUUAUCUGAGCAAAGUGUUAAACUCGAUUAACAUCACUGAUUCGAAAACCCAGCUUAUUAUCAACGGGUGCACCCAAAUCUGGAGCUUUCUAACAGCCUGUCUGUUCGCUACCCUUGUUGAUAAAGCCGGCCGCCGCAGACUCUUCCUCCUCGGUAUGCUGGGAAUGGGUAUUUCCUACAUUAUUUGGACUAUUUGCUCCGCACGUAACGAACAGACUAAUUUCCAACACCAGGGCUAUGCAGGCGCUGUAAUUGCUAUGAUCUUUGUCUUCUCGCUAUGGUACCAUGCCUGUUCCCCAAUCGGUGCCACAUAUAUCAUGGAAAUAGCACCUUAUUCGCUCCGCGCAAAGGCGUCCAUGUUAUACCAGCUCACGGGCAACUUGGCCAUGGCUUUUAAUGCCUUUGUCAAUCCGGUCGCAAUGGAGGCUAUAUCCUGGAAGUACUACAUCGUGUGGUGUGCUGCUAUCGGGUUGCACUUUGUCUUGAUCUGGUUCUUCUUCCCUGAGACCAAAGGCAGGGCACUAGAGGAAGUGGCGGAGAUUUUCGACGGACCCAGUGCUGCCACUAGCCCGAAUGCUAUAAAGCGGUUGGAUACGAACAAAGAUGAGCAGGACACUGCUGCUAAGCCUGCUGUCCAACAUGUUGAUGGCGCUUGAUUGCAGAGUAUUGGGGAAUUGGCUGUGGUGAUUGUUUGUAUGUUUUCUAAGCUGUAUGUCCGCGCAUUCGUCGGACCGAACUUCUAGCUCGAGAAUGGUCUCGUCUUAGCCUUGAGCUUUGCCUGUCCAACGUGUUCUGAAUCAAAUCUCGAUCAAAUAAACAAUAUAGC